AUCUGCUCCUAUAAAUCCCUCCCCCCGCGCAUACCACAUCACCCAAACCAACUCAACCCAAUCGACUCACAACGCAAGGCAACACAACACAACACAGCACAGGCUCACACACGCACACACAACUUCAAUGGGGAGGGCGCCGUGCUGCGACAAGGCGACGGUGAAGAGGGGGCCAUGGUCACCGGAGGAGGAUGCGAUGCUCAAGGCCUACAUUGAGGAGCGUGGCACCGGCAACAACUGGAUUGCAUUGCCACACAAGAUUGGGCUGAAGAGGUGCGGCAAGAGCUGCAGGCUGAGGUGGCUCAACUACCUGAGGCCCAACAUAAAGCACGGGGACUUCACCCCAGAGGAGGACAGCACCAUCUGCAAGCUCUACAUUAGCAUCGGAAGCAGGUGGUCAAUCAUCGCCGCACAGCUGCCGGGAAGGACGGACAACGACGUCAAAAACUACUGGAACACCAAGCUCAAGAAGCGGCUCCUCGGCGGCCGCCGCAAGGACCGCGGCGCCGGCACGCAGCAGCACCGCCAGGGCGAGCUGGACGGCGCCAACGACGGCGGCGAGCAGCAGCCGCUGAGCGCGUCGGCCAUGGAGAGGAUCCAGCUCUGCAUGCAGCUGCAGGAAAUGCAGAACCCCCUCAGCAGCAUCAGCAACCACAACAACCCCUUGCACCUGUGGCAGCCUAGCAGCCAUCAUCAGGUGGCCGCCACCCACAGUAACAACAGCAACAACAACAGCAACAGCAGCCGCAGCAGCAGCUUCGAUGUAACAGUAGCUGCUGAGCAGGGGCAGUCCAGCUCCCUGAACGAUCAGAACCUCGGCGGACAGCAGCAGAUGGAGACGACAGCCACCAUGGACGGCCUGGCCUCGCCGUCGAGCGCGGGCAACUCCAACAUCGUCACCAUCGAAGCCGAGCUUCAGGAGCUUCUCUACAGCGCUACGACGACGACGACCGACAGUGUCGUCACGCAGCAAGGGGGUGUGGACUGGUGGAGCUAUGAGCAGGGCAGGUCCCCAGUGAACUGCUGGGACUUCACCCCUGAAACCAGCUCGGUUCUCCAGGACUACACGUCCGUGGUGUAUGACAUGUGAACAAAGUGUGAAGAGGACCAAGUUAAUUAGGGGUGGUAAUAGGGAUUUGUGUAGGCUUGGAUCUUGUAAGAGUCCAAAGAAACUGUGACGAACUUCUUGUAAGAAAUAUGUAGUAGUAAGCUGCUGUAAGGCAUAAAUAAAUAAAUAAUCAACAAAGGUAUGUAAGAACAGGUUCUGGCAAACAAAUGUAACUUGGCACCAUGUUGUCCAAAGAACAGAUAAGAGGAACAUGAGCCAUUUGCAAGGCUUGUAGUACAUAUAUCCUCUUUUGCUAUUAGAAUUUAGAAUCAGGAAACUCUGACAUCAUCGACUCAGGACUGAAAACAAUGCCCCUUUCGACAAUAUUCUGCUGAACCACGGUCAUUGCUAUCCAUCGUCAGUGGGCUAUGCGAACCUUCAUACUGUCCCAUGAAUGGGAAAUCAAGGUGAACUGUAUUCUUGAAACACAGACACAAUCCCUAGCCUCUGCAUCGAUCGAUGAACACAAGAGUGGAGCAUUAUUCAUCAACUCUUGCUACAUAAGAAAGCAUGCAAAUAGGAACCUAGAUCCAAACCGGCCUACAGAACGAACUGACAACAUCUGAUCAACAGCUAACACUACAAAAAAUGGAAUGACAUCACAUGGUUCACUGUCCAACAUGAACAGAUAUGUAGCACAGCCGAUGCUGGUUAGAUCACCCUUCACUAAAAUGCAGUUUUUAGCGCGUACCUCAAUAGAAGUUGCAAAAUUCCUUGUCCGAAGAAGUGUCUUAUUCUAAGCAUGCUUACAUUGUUUCGGUGUUUCCCAAUUAUAAGAGCAGGAAGGGUCAGAACAUAACUAUUUACCUGAGUUGGAUGUCGCUCUGGCCCAUCACCUUCAUUAACAACCAGGGUUUCUACAAUAACAGCUGAUCUCUUGGACAAUAUUUGGGAAUGUUAUUUAAAAAAUGGAAAAUAGUUUACUGUUGCCGGAUUAAUCGACAUUGUGGUUCCUACACCAAACCAGUAGGAACUGCACAUUCUUCAUACAGGGAAAGUAUAUUGAAGAUGAUGAAAGUAAAACUAUGUCUUAAAGGUGGUACUGUCUUUUAACUGGGAACUGAAGGGAUGCAACGAGAUGAACACAGUAGCCAAUCAUACAUGUAGGUUGCGUUGCCGUGUAAAUUUUGGUCAAGGAAUAUGACCUAUUACAACCUGUGCACAAAAAGGUAACCUGUUUACUUCUUUUUGCAUGGGUGGCUUUUGCCUGAUUUCUUGCAAUUAUAACUCAAAUGGUUCAGGCCGCUUUUGGCUACCAUAGUUGCCCCCAAAAAACCCAAGUCACUUGAACUAUAAAUGUGCCUUGAAGUAGCUGGACCUGGAACAUUUGAUACAAUAGGUACAAUUUUUAUAAUAAACACAUACAUAUUAACAAUAUCUAACAUUGCUGCAUGGUUCCUAGUUAAUAAUGAAUGUUGGCCCUCAGUUACAUCUAUUUAACAAUCUGAUGUCAAAAUCCAAUUUCUCCGUACUUCGUGGGUAUAAACAAAACUUUAAAGGGCUAUACAGACGCUAUAUCUUGAAAUUUGGUCAACCUGUGCCCUAGAAA